AUGGCCCGAGUAUUUCGGAGGCCCGUUUCGGCCCUUGCCAGGCGCGCUCCAGGUAGGGCUGCUCUGAGGACUACUCGAAAGCAUAAAGUGAUCAUGGAGUCCGUCACGCAAGAAAAGAAAAAGCUUCGGAGUGUUAUAUCGUUUGAAGCGAAGGCACCCCCUGGUUACACUUUCAUUCCCGCAGGCAAUCCUCAGCUCACCUCUGCGUGCAAGGAACUAUGCCGAAAAGAUGGUCUGAAGGUUUUUGCUGUCACGACAACUCCGCAUAUGCACACUCAUAACCUUUCUCAGCAUGUGCACAGGAUCGGGUAUCAUUUCCCAAGUGCCAUUGUUGCGACUGCAUGUAUGGAUUUAGGCCUUUAUCUCACACCAGCAGGGAAAGCAAUGCCGUUUCAAAGCAUUGUCUAUACAUCAACACACAAACGCACUAACUCAGAGAUCUCUCAAACCACCAUUAACACUGAGGCGCGGGACGUAUUGAGGGAUCUUUUCCCUAAUAUCCCAGAUAACGAUUUGAACCAAAUUAUCAAGACUGCCUUCCAGAAAGGCCAACGCAAAGUGGGCACGGCGGUUGAGUUACCCCUGGCUCGUCGAGCACAAUUAGCAGUCGUAGCCCAUAUUCGACAUGUCUAUACUGAUUACGAUCGUCUUCUCAAGACCACGUCGUUUCACGAGGCUAGAAGCAUUGUUGAAGAACCUACCUUAGCCAGGUUGGUAGAGUGGAGAGGUGAUGAUGAGAACGGGAAAACAGUCCUCGAGGACGUCUUCCGUGAAGUCAUUGUUAUUUCCGAUGAUGAAGAUAGUGAUACUGAAGGCGACAUUCCUCAAUAUGUUGAUCGGGACUACAGUGUGGAGAUCGUUUCGAGCCACCCAUGUACCGAAGACCUUCAAAUGAAGCCUGUCAACUAUGCAAACCCUAUACAUCGAGAACACAACCUGGACAUAUCGGAUGAGGAGGCUCCGCCAGGUUUCCGUUUCAUUCGGGUAGCUCCUAGAAAAGCCAAAAUUGACCGUCGCGGCUUCAGCAGAUACCAGGCCUGGGACCGCGCCAUAAACCGGUAUAGGAAUGGAGCAAAUGUGACUGACAAACGCAGACCUCUUGAUGGUUCUACCGAUCAUGGAAGACCCAUAUACGCUGCACAACAAUCUUUGCAGGAAAACAGUGAUCCUGGUCUACUCCGAGCCAUACCUUCUCGGCGGAUAUCCGCUACGCCUUUCGGACAAGUGAAUAGCACUGGGCUGAAUAGAUCGACUAUUGCCCCUGUCAUAGAACACCGUGUAAGUCCGCAAGGAACUUUGGCUCUUGAUUUGAUAUGGCUAUUCUUGCCGAUUAAGUAUGGAAACGUCAUCUUGCUAAUUCUAGCGAAGAAGCCAUAUGAUGUAUAUCCCAUAACUCGAUCCCCUCAUCAAAGAGAGGUUGUACCCGAAGUAGUGCCCUUGGAACGGGCUCUAGAGUCUCGAGGGGGAAAGCCUUUAUUCCAACAAGAUAACUCACCAAAUGCUCCUGUUUUUGUUAGUGGCCCUAAGGUCAUUGGAAAUAGUGGAGAUCAGCGUGGAUCUCAAAGAGCUUUAGGUCCUUUUUAUAGCAGAACAAGCGUCAACCCACAGGAACGUGUCUUGCCCUCUAUUGAACCUCCUUUGUCACCGGAAAACAAACUCCCAGAUAGUGGCCCAUUAGAUCAUUUUACCGGAAUGAUGUCUGGAGGUUUCUCUAUUCGCUCGGUAACGCCACACCAUCUCCCUCACAAGGAUAUCCCGCAUCAUUUCAUUGAAGAUGGGGUGCAGGACCAAUUACCCAAGAGAAGACGUCUGGCUUACUAUGAAACUGUCAACCCCGAAAGAGGCCAUUCUCGUUUGGCUCUUGCCACCGACCUGGCGGAUACCAGCACAAGAAGACAAUGCAUACCUUUGGGGUCUUCGCCAAGGCAAUUUUCUCUUCAGGAUGACAUCCAUCUUCGUAGGAAGUAUCUUGCACCGGUCGACCCUCUUCCCAAUUCAGAGCCCCGGUUAGGGAAGGUUCAAUUGUCCAAUUCACGUGCUACCCGUUUUGAUCUUAAAUCAAGGUUCAUGCAUCCGGAACAAUGUGAAACAUUAGGAGGCCAAUCACUACCCCGUAACCAUCCAGUUGAAGAGGUUCACGGCCGGUGGAGACCCCCAGAACAGCCCUGUCCUUUACCAGGAACCAGGACUGCUGCUUCGAUGACUUAUGGCUCCGAUAGAGCUGUGCCCGUGCAAUCUUCUAAUUUAAAAGAACAAAGGAUCUGCUAUCCAGAUCAUCACCAUGACUCUAGAACAAUGCUACUGGAAGGAUCCGGGUUGCAUAAGUCUAGCUGGACUAACGGUCAUGACCAUAUUCUAAUGCAGCAUGAAAACACGAAGAGCCGAAGGCACUAUGCAGAUGAUUUUGUUCGUACUAUUGAUUCGCAGGCUCUGGUUCCGAUGGAGCACCCACCACAGCACCGUCUUCGUACGCAUUGUGCCCGGGAGCCUCCUAUUCAGCGGACCUGUGUUCAGCACCCUCGCGAGCCUUACAAACAUAUCAUACCUGGCGGUAUCAGCUCAAGACCGCCUCCUUUUCGAGACCCUCUGGAAUCGAGGGUGGGGCCUGCUGUUCAAGGCCAUGCUACGGUGGAUAUGAGAUACCCUGAUGCUGGACUGAUUGAGUCUGCAUCUGCAGUCGGUGAUUAUGAGGGGCGAUUCCCGAAUUCAUCUCAUUCUUCACGUGGACGCCCACAACACACACAAGAACUAGCCUAUCCUACCUUUGUGGGCAGGGACGAUCAAUCUCAACCAUGCCACUCGAUGCCUGAGGGUAGAACCGUUAUCAUUAUGGAUUAG